GUACCAUGUUCAAUUUGGCAUAUUAUGUUGGGUUUGUGGGGGCUUGGUAACUCGAGCAUAUACAACGAACCACUCUUCCUUCCGCGGGCCAUGACAAGAUUUCCCUUUACGACCUUCCACUGCCCAUCUCUGAACUUCACCUCGUGUCCCUGUUCGUCCAACUGCCUCACAGAAAUCAAAUUUUUCUUUAAGGCUGAGACCAUUCUGACAUCCUUCAAAGUCCAGAAAUUUUUGCUGAGUAUGGAGAGUGUUUGUUCUCAGGAUGUUCCAGGAUUCGACAGUGUGCGUCUGCAGUGGGAGCCGGUAGGGACCGAGGACGAGUUAGGAGCAGAUUUAGCCGUGACUGAUGUGUUGGAGCUGUGGAGAGCUUCAACGGGGCUUUCAGUUGUUAAUGAGAGAGCCGCUGCAACAGGAGAGCUGAGGAAGUUACUCGAUGUACAGGCAAUCGUGGCAGAUGGCAGUUGAUGCCUAUCAAGCCUCCAAGUGAGAGAAUAAUCACGUACUAAAACUUAUAGUAAAUAAGAAAUUUAUACCUUUCUCCGUAAGCGGUAAAAACGAAGAAGUCGUAGGAAGAGCGUUGAAAGUGCAAACGUAACCGUUCAAGCGUCCGGUCUCCAACUUUGACACACGAACAACGCCGGAGUCUACCACAAUCUUUAUGCUAGUAAAGAUUAUAGUAGUAUAAAAUAUAAAGAUUAAAAUUGGGAUAAUAAUAAUCUUGUAUAUUUCUAUAGAAAAUAUUUCUAAUAAUAUUUAGAAAAUAUU